CCGGCCCCUGACUCACCCCCAUCUUCUCCCAUCAGCUCCCGUAAGGCGAGGAGAAAGGGGAAAAAAAAAAAAAUAAAAAAAAAGGCGGCCACCAUGAAUCGGUUGGGAAAGAAAGCGAAUGAGACCCUUAUCGAGAUGAAUCUGUCUGCGGAUGAUGACAAUGCGGUUCUCACCAAGUUCAAGCCAUCGUGGUCAGAAGGGGAAGAAUGCAAUGGACCUUUAUGUGAGACUAUUUCAACUGCAGGAUCGGAAGUCCCAAGCAGCUCUGAGAUUGAUAAAAGACAUCAGAGCAAAGAUUCUAUUUUCUUCAGGGACGGUGUCAGGAGAAUUGAUUUUGUUCUCUCCUAUGUGGAUGAUCUUAAUAAGGAAUGGGAAAAAAAGUUGGAAAGAAGAAGAGAAUUUGAGAGCAAUCUGCAAAAAGCUGGUUUGGAACUAGAAACAGAAGACAAGAAGGAAUCUGAAGAUGGCAAGAUUUAUUUUGUGAAGAUCCAUGCCCCAUGGGAGGUUCUGAUCACAUAUGCAGAAGUGCUGAACAUUAAAGUUCCCAUCAAGGAAAAUGAUAUUCCCUCAACGGUGGAGAACCCCCUGGACUGUAUGCUUGCACCGCUCAGGCUCCCUGAGAAGGUGAUGCACCCUGAACCGGAUUAUUUCACAGCACCGUUCAGCAAGGACAAGCAGGAGCUGUACCUUAUUAAUGACGAGAGCACUUUCUUCUCACCAUCCAUGAGAAACAGAAUAGUUAAUUAUAUUCUUACACGUUGCCCGUAUGGAACAGAAGAAGGGAAGAAAAAAUUUGGGAUUAAGAGACUGCUAAAUAAUGGCACCUAUUCAGCUGCAUAUCCUCUUCAUGACUGCCAGUACUGGAAAAAGGCAAAUGAUCCGAACUGUGACAAUGAGAGAUAUACGCUGUACAUGGAGUGGGCCCGUUUCUUGCGGUUCUACAAAGAGCAGCCUUUGGACCUCAUCAGGAAGUACUAUGGUGAGAAGAUUGGAAUCUAUUUUGCCUGGCUAGGAUUUUACACUGAGAUGUUAUUCCUUGCAGCAGUUGUUGGCUUAAUCUGUUUUCUUUAUGGCUUGUUUACAAUGGAUGAAAAUAUGAGCAGCAAAGAAAUCUGUGACCCUGCAAUUGGAGGAGAGAUCAUCAUGUGCCCUCUUUGUGACCGUGAGUGUGAGUACUGGAGACUGAACACGACCUGUCAGUCCUCAGAGUAUUCCCAUUUGUUUGACAACGUGGCAACUCUUUUUUUUGCCAUUUUCAUGGGCAUAUGGGUUACACUUUUCUUGGAGUUUUGGAAGAGACGGCAAGCUAGACUGAAAUAUGAGUGGGAUUUGGUUGAUUUUGAAGAGGAACAGCAACAACUCCAGCUGAGGCCUGAGUACGAGGCAAAAUGUACCCAAAAGAAGAAGAAUCCUGUAACUCAGGAGAUGGAGCCUUAUUUGCCUGUAACUAGCCAGGCUGUGCGGUUCUGCGUCUCGGGAACUACAGUGUUGUUCUGGGUGUCUCUGAUUAUAGCUAGCAUGAUAGCUGUGAUCGUGUAUCGUCUUGCGGUGUAUGCUGCCUUUGCCAGCCUGAUGGAGAACACUCAAACUUUACAGCCCAUCAGCGGAUUACUGACCCCUCAGCUGGCAACUUCAGUCACAGCCUCAUGCCUGAAUUUUGUCAUCAUCAUGAUACUGAAUUUCUUAUAUGAGAAAAUAGCCAUCUGGAUUACUGAUAUGGAGAUUCCCAGAACGCAUAUGGAGUAUGAGAACAGGCUCACUAUGAAAAUGUUUUUGUUCCAGUUUGUCAACUACUAUUCAUCCUGCUUCUAUGUGGCCUUCUUCAAAGGGAAGUUUGUUGGUUACCCAGGUGCCUAUACAUACAUGUUUAAUCGUUGGCGAAAUGAAGAGUGUGAUCCUGCGGGCUGUUUGAUAGAAUUGACGACACAGCUCACCAUAGUCAUGGCUGGCAAACAGAUCUGGGGAAAUAUCCAAGAGGCCAUCGUACCCUGGAUUUGUAACUGGUGGGGACGCCGGAAAGCCAGAAAUAAUCCAGAAAAUUUAUACAGUCGCUGGGAGCAAGACCACGAUCUGCAGAUAUUUGGAGCCUUAGGCCUAUUCUAUGAGUAUCUAGAAAUGGUCAUUCAGUUUGGAUUCAUUACUCUCUUUGUGGCGUCCUUUCCCCUGGCUCCCCUUCUUGCUCUGAUGAAUAAUAUCCUGGAGAUUCGAGUAGACUCCUGGAAGUUAACCACUCAGUACAGGAGACCUGUGGCUGCGAAAGCACAUAGCAUAGGAGUUUGGCAAGAAAUCCUGAAUGGAAUGGCCAUCUUGUCUGUUGUCACUAAUGCUUUUAUUGUUGCGUUCACAUCAGAUAUGAUUCCUCGUUUAGUUUACUACUAUGCUUAUUCUGAAAAUGAAGACUCGCCUAUGUCUGGGUACAUAAACAAUAGUUUGUCAGUGUUUCAAAUCUCAGAUUUUCCUGACAGAAACAAGCCUAAACUGAAUCCAGAAAACUUCGUCAUAUGCAGGUACAGAGACUAUCGAUAUCCUCCAGAUCAUGAGAGGAAAUAUUUACACACUAUGCAGUUCUGGCACAUUCUUGCUGCAAAACUGGCCUUUAUAAUUAUUAUGGAGCAUGUUGUAUUCAUCGUCAAAUUCUUUGUAGCAUGGAUGAUUCCUGACGUCCCUGCCGAUGUGAAAGCCAAAAUAAAACGUGAAAAAUAUUUAACACAGAAAAUCCUCCAUGAGUAUGAACUUGAAAAACUGAAGGAGAGACUGUGUCAAGGUGAUAAACGAGCCACGGAAAAGGAGUUCAUCGCCACAGAAGGGAGGAUGGAGUUAUCCAGAGCAAUGUAGUUGAAAAAACAACUAUUUGGGAUUUAGCUCAUUUUAGCUUUUUUUAUCUGUGAUUUGCUCAGUAUGCAUCAUCUUGAAAACUAUAGGACAGUUUCAACCCUUUGCUUUCAGUCCAAAGAUUUUAGACUUUAAAAAAAGUCUUACUGAGCAUUCUAGGUUUAGCAAAUCUACUUAACUGUAUGACUUCAGCACUGUUUUCUAUUUACCCAUCACUUUGAAUAAUAAGUGUAAUCUUGUAAUCCUAGAGUUCGGAUUCCCAGUAUAGGGAAUGUUACCCUCAAAGGGCUCACAGGAUAUGAUAAGGUCUUUAACACCAAGCCCUCCCUCUGUUGCUAAAUGCAAAGUUCCAGGCUGUAUCCCAGCUGAAUGAAAAGGAUAUCAUAGAGGACUCCUGCUGUGGAAAAUGCUGAGAAUUAUUAUUGUUAUGACACGAUCAUUUAAACAGGAGAACACUCCUGAUACAGCGGUUAGGGUUUGGGGUUUUUUUUAAUAUCCAUUAGUUCUUAUGAAACAUUUGUUUGCAGCUUUGAACUUCUAUACACUUUUUAGAAGGAAUUGAUUUUUAGAGAUAUAUUGGCUUAAUUCCACUUGGAAUUAUUUAUAGGCACAGUCUUCAGUUAAUACAUACUAAUGAAGGAAAAAAGAACCUGUAAUUUAUUUUCAUAAAGAUACGAUCUGCCAAAGAGUUUGCUCUUUAAAUGCAAAUAUUGUGGAAUCAUCUAAUUAGUGUUUUUUGAAAAGGUAUAUACAAUUUGGAGAAGUCCAGCUAAUGUAUUUCUCAAUCUCAAAAACUGCCAUUGGAACAUCAUACGUGAUGUUAGUUUUGGCCAAAGCUCCUCCUUCAUUUGGAUUCUUUGUUUGGAUUCUCUGUGAAUGCCAACAAAGGGCUAAAGCUGUGUGUCUGUACUUGAUGCACACUAUGGAGUAUGACUGCACAGUGCAGUGGAUUGGGAGCUGCACUGCCAUACUAAUUGAUCAAGCAGAUGGUUUGUACGUGGAUUUGUAUUCAAAAGGUUUUAAGCAUGCCAAAUAAUCUCUGUUUACAUUGUUACUGUCCUUAUACAUAGGAGCCUGGGGUUUUUGUUUUGGUUUUUUUUCUUUUUAAUCUUUAAGAAGGAAUUUUUUUUCUGUUUUGUCAUGGGGCUUUUCUACAGUUAUCAAGUUUAUAAAUAUGUAAUAACUACUUGUGCAAAGUAGCUACCAGCUGUUUAUGAAUGUGCCCUCAUUUUAUAAUUUGAAGCAGUUAGGCAUUUUUAUGAUUUUGCUGUAUAUUUAAAACAUAUCAACACUUCCAUGCUUAGUGCCUUGUUUAUUUGCGUUUGGCAAAAGAUGUGAAGAUGAUCACUAUGUGGAAAUCAGUAUUUCCAAAGUGUGCUUGCAGGCAUCAUGAUACUGUGAACCUGCACACAUAGCUGUACAGUGUUAGCCAAACCAUGCCUGCCUUGGCACACUUCUGUUUUAGUGCUAUGUGAACUGUUCACGGGGAGCAGUUCAUACCGAGACUGCUUAGAUAAAGUAGCACCAGACUGUUGAGUUCUCUCGUGCUGAACUACACUAGCUAGGGAGAUUAGAAAUUUUACUAUAUUUGCACUUUGAAAGUUAUACUUCCUUGCAAGUAUACACACAAAAAUACAGAUUUGUAUUCCAUAUCAGCCAAGUGAUGUACUGUUUACUAGAUCCACAACUUAAGGUUUCUGUAUUUUGUUUUAGCAGACCUAGCCUACAUCUUGGAAUACUUGGCUAGUAACCUUAAUGUUGUAGCAGAGUUUUAAAUCAAUGUCUUGAGUGGAACUGUCAUUAUUAGCAAAGGUUUUCACAUUGAAGUGCCUACCUCGAACAAGCAUCACGUGGUUUGGCUGUCAGUCGAGGAGUUGAAGCAGAUGUACAUUUCUCAUUACUGUAAGUUAUUCAGCUUCCUUCUGUAAGUUUGCUUGAUAAAUCAAGCAUGUUGGCAAUUCAUGUUCAUGAUGAACUGACCAUGUUCUUGAAUAUUCAGAUACAUUUGAAGCAAUGGAUUUAUUGGAGGAAUGCAUGUAUAAAUAAAUUAGCUCUGCUGCUUAAUGUAUAAGCCAAAGAAGAGUAUCAGUCACCAUAAUUAUAUAUGCGACACCAGAAUUUACACAACCAAGCACUUUGCUGCUUCUCACACAUAUACUGUUAACUAAACUGCUUAAUUUAGAUUUCACAGGUUUUUUACUGUUAGCAAUGCAAACAAUUGCUUCAAACGGUAAGGUGAUGAGAUGCAAAACGAUAUUUCUAUGCAAAAUGUGCAAUCUGAUUGAAGCUGAAAACAGAUUUGAAAAUUCAGCAUUAGGUGCACUAUUCGUGCUUACAAAACGUGAGUUUCUUCAGGUCCUGUAAUAAAGUGUCCUAAUAUACUACACUUGAAAAGAUGUCAGCAAAAUAGAUGUAUUGUGAAUGACUAAUCCUAUUUAAAAGCAAGAUGGAGGAAAACAAGGAGAUACCUUAGUUUCAGAUACAGCGUUGAUAUGCGGAAGCUCCGCAGGCAGACCCUGAAUUUGAAUUGAUGUUUUGAUCCCUACUUCUUGCUUCUUUCCAACUUAUUUUUUUGAGGUCACUUCCUAUUUAAUGCUAUACAAACAGAUGUUUUGCAUAUGUUGUAUCAUACAGUAGAAAGUGGAAAAAAUCUGGGAUCAACUUAUUUAAAAAUAAAUAUAUGUAUAUUUAAAAUAUAUCAUUACACUUCAUAGCAUUACUUCUUUAUAUAUAGAAACUGUUGAAAAAAGAAUGUGUUGUCAUAUUGAGAGCUAACAUCACAUAACAAAAUAAGUCUAACACCUCUUUACAUAAGAGUUUGCCUUUACUUGUCAUUAAGCAGUAUUUUGACAAAAGAUUAUUAGUAUGAUUAGGAUUAUAAUGGUUCACAUACAUAUACAUUUCCUGAAGUGUUCUUGGAAAGUGACAAAAAUAAGACAAAUGAACUGGUCGGUUUGGGGAUGUGCUUAUUGUUACUGUUGGAAUAUUUGGUUUUGAUGUGUUUAAUAUAAGUAUCUAAAAGUGUCCUUUAACCAAAGUGAAGAUAGUUCUGUGUUGGAACUACUCUACUUUAAGCAACAGUAGAUUGAUUCAUUAGAAUUAGUCAGAAAAAGAAAAUUGGCCUUUCAAGUGUAAUACAAUCAGGGAUUUUUACUUCUUUUUUUUUCCCCUCAAUUUAAAACUUAGUAUUUUUACCUUGGAAAGAUUUAGCAUGGUAUGUUCUAAGCAAAUGACUGCAAGAUAAGAGUGCCACUAUAAGACACUAUACUGUUUUUUCUAGAAGAUUUUGUUAUUAUGCUUUUACUUUUUUAUGUAAUACUAUUAGUUUGAGAAGAACAGAAUGGAGUGAA